AUGAGAGCCGGACCCCUCCACCUGUUUGCAGCCGGAGGUCAGGAGGGUCUGGGGGGGUCUAGAGGGGGUCUCGGGGGCAGCCUGGCAGUGGUAGGAGCAGCACGUACUGUUCCUCCUGAUACAGUAGGUUGGGCCCCCUCUCCAGAGCCCGGUCGGCCCCCGUGGCCCCUGGCAGUGGUGGGUCUGCUGCUUGGAUGGGUGUCUGUCACAGCGCUCUCAGGCCGGACACACACUGACACUAACGAUGAGAGAAGAGCUCAGGCGCCUCACGCUGAGCUGGCACCGAACAUAUGCUCCAGGAUCCACCUGACCUCUGACCUCUGUCUGUGGACACGUCGCCCUCCUCUGCUGCGUGUGGCCGCCUCACCUCAGCGAGCGCCGCGGCAAAACAUCCGCCUGAUUCAAACGCAGACAAACGCUGGUGCAGAUAAGCCGUGUUUGGGUCGGGACGGCUGGGUUUUCGGAGCGUGGCGUGUUGUGGGGGGUGGAACACACGCGGGACAGGCCGAGGCGCGUCGAGGAAGCCUGAGUGAUGUGCGGUGCUGCAGCGAUGAAGAGGAGACAGCUCCAUCAACAAACAAAGACACAGACCGGUCCAGUGUCCGCAGACUGAGACGCCUUGUCCACACUGUCUAUUUACCGAGUCUGUAUGAAGUCCAAGACAACUGUAAGGACUGGACCCAGACCUCAGACACAUCAGGGACUGGACCCAGACCUAAGAGACAUCAGGGACUGGACUCGGACCUCAAAGACAUCAGGGACUGGACCCAAACCUCAGACACAUCAGGGACUGGGCCUAGACCUCAGAGACCUCAGGGACUGGACCCAGACCUCAGACACAUCAGGGACUGGACCCAGACCUCAGAGACAUCAGGGACUGGACCCAGACCUCAGAGACAUCAGGGACUUGACCCAGACCCCAGACACAAGAGGGAUUGGACCCAAACCUCAGAGACAUCAGGGACUUGA